AUGAGUUUCCCUUUUGAGUCCAUCAGCUCCAGAAACAAGUCAGACGUUACCAAGUCUGUUUCAGCAACAUCAAGGCCUCUCCAUAGGCAGCCGCCUUUGAAAGUUUCUGGAAACCCUAAAUGUUGUCCUGCCUUGAAGAAGGAACUCAACGGAGAUGCUGGAGCUAUUCGAAAUAGCCAAGAAAUCAGCAGAUGUGACCAAUGCAAAGGGACUUCUCGCGGCUAA